UCUGCUGUUCGGUCGUUUGGAUCAUCGUUCGUCGGGCCUAGUUCCGCGAGGAGGAAGAGCUUUCCACGGAAGAACAGAAACAGCCGACCAAGAUGCGCUCCCAGACCUUCGCCUUGAUCGUGUUCGGAAUACUGGCCGUCGCCAUGUCUACACCGGUGCCAGGGUACCACAGUUCUCACCAUCACGUACGCAUCCACGUACCUUAUCACGUGCACACGGUUCAUCAUCAUCACGUGAAGAAGAUACCUGUGCACCACGUCGAGAAGGUGCACGUCCCCGUCCCUAUUCCUAUCCAUCAUGUGCAAAAGGUUCCAGUACCAGUGCCAGUUCAUCACGUCGAAAAAGUUCACGUGCCUGUCCCGGUUGUCGAGAAGGUGCACGUGCCUGUACCUGUUCACGCGGAAAAGGGAUGGUGGUAAUGGGAGCGCUCCGAUUUUCGGCUUGUUAUUUCUUAGAUUGUAAAAUGAGGGCAUUCGAGUUACUAGCAUUUCGUGGAAAUUUAUUUGCAUUUUCGCCGACCAAAUCGUUCUGGAAAGUUUUCCCGUACCAAGAGCAGAGAGAAAGAGAGAGAGAAGGAUAGUACAAAAUAACUCGAACCGCCUGCGUUAGU